AUAUCUAUGAAUGACAGGAUCAAUGACAUUUAACCACAAAUAAAUAAGUUGAGUGCAAGUCUUUUAAAGUGUGAAAUGGCUGUUGGAAUGAUAAAUAUAAAUAAUUCGGCGUUUUCGCCGGACAUAAAAUAUUAUGCCAGUAUAACUGCUGAAGGAAAAUUAAAAAUUUGGGAUACUGAAAAUAAUGCAUUAAAACAGGAAUUUACACCAAACUUACAUUUAAGUUCACCAUGCACAUGUUUGCAGUGGAUAAAGCACACGAAAGAACAUCCACAGAAGAAAAAACGUAAAUCUGCUGAUAAGAGUUUUAUAGCUGUAGAUCAAGAGGAGGGGUAUACAAUACUAUUAGGAACAAAUGAUGGCAGUGUGUUACUGUAUUCUUUUAAUGAAGGCAAAAUUACUGGAACUCUGGGGGAAGCAAAAACUGGACACAGUGGAUCAAUCACUUGUAUUUCUUAUGAAAGAGGUGAUUUUGCAUAUUCUUGUGCUGAUGAUUCUACGAUAAUUGAAUGGUGUCUGAAAAGUCGUCGAAAAAGCAUAUCAUGGAGUGCUGGAAAAGAGUUUCCGACAUCAUUACUUCUUAUCUCUCAACACAGAAGGUUAUUUUCAGCAGCACGAACUAUUCAGAUGUGGUGCUUGAAAAACAAAACAUUACUUAAAUCAUUCACUGGGCAUAGUUCAAUUGUGUCAAUUAUGAAAUCUGUAACAAUUGCUAAUGAGGAUGGCGAAAAUGAUACAUUUGUUGUGUCAGGCGGUAGAAACGAUCGCAUAUUGAAUGCUUGGAAUAUUUCUGGAGAAAUAAAGGAUAAGAUGCCAUAUGCUAGUUUUCAAAUGGAGGAUAUAGCUUAUUCUCUUUCUAUUGACUUUAAUUCUCAAGACAAUGGAUUGUGCUUAACAGCUGUUACAAGAAGUGGUGUGCUACAUUUUUAUAAACAUAUAUUAAAUGGAAGAUUGUCUAAACCUGUGAAACCGAAGCUUACAUUACAAGUUGUAUUUGACAAACAAAAUUCUUCUAAUAACAAAAUUCAAUCAAUACCAAUUCUCACUGGGCAUGUAGUAAAUGAAGACCUAAUUCUUAUUGGUUAUGGCACUUAUCUGAAUAUGACUUUCGAGAAAAUAAAGCCGCAAGCAAUUGGUAAGAUACAAGUUUUAGUAAGGCAAGAUCCAUAUUCCUCAGCUAAAAAAUUGAAAGAAAACAUAGAGAAGACUAAAGUGACUGAAACACAAGAUGUGGAAUAUUUAGGUCCUUCUUCUGGUCAUAUUUAUAACUUAAAGCGAAGUAGUGGAAAAAAGAUUGAGUUACCAAUGGAGAGUCGGUUAGAAAAUUUGAGUUUAGCGGUUGAUAGUCCAACAAAAGGUUUGCCAAAAUAUGACAACAUGUCUCAUUUGCUAAUACAAGGACUUCACAGCAAAGAUAAAAAUAUAUUGCAGGGAGUUCUCAUGAAGAAGGACGAGAAAAUUAUACAAAAUACCAUCAGCAGGCUGCCUGUUCAAUAUCUCAUACCUCUCAUUCGAGAACUAACUAGUUAUAUACAUGGUAAAACACUAAGCUCACAAAUUGGCACAAUGUGGUUUAGGAUACUACUGCAAUCACAUGCCGCACAUCUGAUGUCUGUCGGAAGUGAAACACUUGUAGAGAUAUUAUCACCGUGUCUUGGAUUAAUAGAGAAUCGAUUAAACCUCUUACAACCUUUAUCAAGAUUACAAGGUCGUUUAGAUUUAUUGAUUAAUCAAAUAUCAACAGUACAAGAUCAGUGCAAUGAAGAAUACACUGAAAAGAAUUUAUUAGUUUUUCAAGAUCCAGAUUCAAGUGAAUCAGAAUCUGAUGAAAUUGCAGCUUUGCAAUCUUCAUCAGAUGAUAAUUGGGAUGAAGUAUCAGAUGAAGAACAAGAUGAGGAAAUGGUAAUUGAUGCAAAUAAUACACACGAAAUUACUUCAGAGUCUGAUUAACUUAUCAG